CGCACCUGUGGCCGGGAGCCGCUAGCCCGCAGCCGCCGCCCGGAGCGCUCCGCGGACCCGGGUCCCGGAGCUGGGCUGCUAGAUCCUCUCCCAUCCAGAACACACAGAUGCUCUGUUGUUGAGUAUCUCAUGAGGGCCCUUCUUCAACAGCAGGUGAGAGCGUGACUUGCCUGUAAGCCAUGACGGUGAUGCCUGUGCAGAUGGGGGGCCUGGCCCUGUCAGUCCUGGGCUGGCUGGGCACCAUCCUGACCUGUGCGCUGCCCAUGUGGAAGGUGACGGCCUUCAUUGGCUCCAACAUCAUCGUGGCCCAGGUGUUCUGGGAGGGGCUGUGGAUGAACUGUGUGUACGAGAGCACAGGCCAAAUGCAGUGCAAGGUCUACGACUCGCUGCUGGACCUCUCCUCAGACCUCCAGGCAGCCCGAGCCCUAGUUGUGGUCUCCAUUGUGGUGUCCUUCCUUGCCCUCCUUAUUGCCAUCUUUGGGGCUGAGUGCACCAGGUGCGUCGAUGACAAGGGAGCCAAGGCCAAGAUCUCCAUCACCGCUGGGGCUGUUUUCAUUCUGGCCGGGAUUGGGCUGCUCAUCCCUGUGUCCUGGUCAGCCAACACCAUCAUCAGCAACUUCUACAACCCCAUGGUUCCAGAGGCUUUAAAGAGGGAGUUGGGGGCUUCCCUCUAUGUGGGCUGGGCCUCAAGUGCCCUCUUGGUGUUUGGGGGGGCCACCCUGUGCUGCUCCUGCCCCCCCAGCCAAGAUGCACCGUACCCCAUGAAGUACAAAGCAGUGAAGCACUCCAGCCUGGGGAGCUAUGCCCUUAAGAACUAUGUGUGAGGAGCCCUGCCUUGCCCUCCCUGGAGACCCCCCUCUUGCCCCAUCCCAGCCCACGUACUUGCAGGGGCCCCUUCACAGCCAUCCAAACAGAUGUUGGCUUCAAGCCGAAGUGUGUGAAAUUUGCAGGGGUUCCCCUCCGUGUCUGGUCCUGCCCCACAUGUAUCCUUCCACCUCCAUCUCACCCCACCUGUCCCACUUCCUCACACGUUUCCCUGCCUGCAUCCCACCCUACCCAUCCCACCUCCCGAUGUGUAUCCCCCCUGCAUCCCACCCCACCUCCCCAUGCAUUUCCCUGCCUGCAGCCUAUCCUACCCCACCAUGUGUAUCCCCUCCUGUAUCCCACCUCCUGGGGUAUCUCCCCCGCCUGCAUCCCACUCAACCUGUCUCACCUCCCCAUGUUCCCCCCCACUGCAUCCCAUCCAUCCCACCUACUCAUGUGUAUCCCCCUCCACAUCCCACCCCACACGUCCCACACAUAUUCCCUCCUUGCCCAUGUCCCACCCCACUUGUCACCUCCCUACACGUAUCCCCUCCUUGCUGGUGUCCUGCCCCAUGCAUCCCCCCUCCCUGCCCAUGCCUUCUCCCCACCCACAUCCCACUUGACAUGUGUGCUCUCUCCCUGUCUAUUCUGUUCUGUGUAGGCUCUUACACCACACGUACUCCCAUCGUUUCUAAGUGCUAGUCGGCCCACAAAGGCUGGUGGACCUGAUCAUCAGCCUGGGCCAAUCAGGCACGUCCAGGUCAGCCUGUAGCCCUUUCCUCAGGGCUCUCUUUAUUCUUCGUUCUCAGCUGUGACUGUGGGGCCCCCCAGGCUCUAUAGCUGAAGGGGCUGGAUCUUCCCUAGCCUGGAGCAGGGGGCCCGGGGUUUCCUGCACUCUCACACCCUCCUGCUGCAGCCACAAGAGACCACACUCCAAACCCUCUCCUAGAGCUGGGCUCCUCUAUAUCCCCUGGCUGGGAAUCAUCAGCCCAGUCACUCAGUGCUGCCCAGAAGGGCCAUACUGGCCAGUUCCAGACAGGGGAGGUCAGUGCAGGCCAGCUUUGGCCUGGGCCAGAUCUCAGAGAAGCAGCUCCUGGGGACACAGGCAGCGGUUCCAGGCCCUUUGUUACUGGUAUAACCAGCUGUGGAACAGGCAGCAUUGAAGGACAGCCCCAGGAGGCUGGAGCCCCUGAGCCAGCCACAACACCCCACAACUCCUGUCCCUGCCACAAACCCCCUGCAGCCCCUGCCCAGCCAUGACCUCACCACAGCCGCUGCCCAGACACGACCCCCGCCCCAGGCCCCUGACCCAGCUACACCUCCACAGCCUUUGCUCAGUCCAUGACCCCCCACAGCUCCUGACCCAGCCAUGAUCCCCCCACAACCCCUGACCCAGCCAUUAUCCCUUCACAGCCCAUGCCCAGCCAUGACCCCCUGACAGACACUAGUCAAUCCAAGAUGUUCCCAGAGCCCCUGCCCAGUUUACAGCCCCCCGCCACAGCCCAUGGCCAAUCCAUGAUCCCACAUAGCCCCUGCCCAGUCACGACCCCCCCGUGACUUUAUUGACAUAAACUGUGACCAUAUAAGUCAUUGUUGCAAUCACUGUUAUAUAUUUGCAGCAAAUAUUGUACAAAGGUAUCGAGUGAGGCGUCUAUGAAAAGGUUAUGAUUUG